CCUGACGGAUGUAUUUAUAUGGCGGAAAGCAUGUUGUGGUUGUCAGCUGUCGAGCAGAAACAUGACGGAAGGCAAGAUAAGCAGUUUUCUCUUGUUUUAACACCACGAAAUUCUUGCAGUGCAUGAAGAGAAUGCCUAACUUUUCAAGCCAGAUGCCAACUGAGAUGCAAGUUUCCCUUCUAAACGAGGGAGGUUUUGACCUUCACACUGGAACAACUUUUGCUUAUUCUUCCAAAACUUCAGAAGGUCAAAGGAUGGAGGAAAACCAAGAAUUUGAGGUGAAACAAGAACCCAGUAUCACAACACAAAAUGAGGACAAGGAUGCAAAUGCGAUGGUGUUGCAAAAUGUCACUGAGAAAUGUAAUGGAAAGAAAAGAGUUUGCCCCGUGUGUCAUAAACGAUUUGGUGCGCCAUCCAAACUAAAAAGGCAUUUCCUUAUUCACACGGAUCUGAGACCUUUUCAGUGUUCCAUAUGCUGCCGUGGUUUCAAGUAUCUCUAUCAUCUAAAAUCACACCUUAGAACUCACACUAACCCUGUGAAGCGGAGGACACCAUCACUCCAGAGCCAGAGAAACAACAGUGUGCCCUGUAAUCAAGUGUCUAAUUCAAGCUUAAAACACUUUGUGUGUAAUGGCCUUGGUGGAACAGUUAGAUCUUACUCUCCAAACCAUCUAACUGCCCAGAGUAAUACUAAUUCAAAUUUUGCAUAUUCUUCCAAAACUUCAGAGGGUCAAAGAAUGGAGGAAAACCAAGAAUUUGAGGUGAAACAAGAACCCAGUAUCACAACACAAAAUGAGGACAAGGAUGCAAAUGCGAUAGUGUUACAAAAUGUCACUGAGAAUUGUAAUAGAAAGAAAAGAGUCUGCCCUGUCUGUCAUAAACGAUUUGGUGCUCCAUCCAAACUAAAAAGGCAUUUCCUUAUUCACACGGAUCUGAGACCUUUUCAGUGUUCCAUAUGCUGCCGUGGUUUCAAGUAUCUCUAUCAUCUAAAAUCACACCUUAGAACUCACACUAACCCUGUGAAGCGGAGGACACCAUCACUCCAGAGCCGGAGAAACAACAGUGUGCCCUGUAAUCAAGUGUCUAAUUCAAGCUUAAAACACUCGGUGUGUAAUGGCCUUGGUGGAACAGUUAAAUCUUACUCUCCAAAACAUGUAACUGUCCAAAGCGAUCCCAAUUCAAGUUUUGCAUAUUCUUCCAAAACUUCAGAAGGUCAAUGCAUUGAGGAAAACCAAGAAUUUGAGAAGAAACAAGAACCCAGUUUUGCAACACAAAGUGAGGACAAGGAUGCAACUGUGAAGGUGUUGCAAAAUGUCACUGAGAAUUGUAAUGGAAAGAAAAGAAUUUGCCCCCUGUGUCAUAAACGAUUUGGUGCUCCAUCCAAACUAAAAAGGCAUUUCCUUAUUCACACGGAUCUGAGACCUUUUCAGUGUUCCAUAUGCUGCCGUGGUUUCAGGUAUCUCUAUCAUCUAAAAUCGCACCUCAGAACUCACACUAACCCUGUGAAGCGGAGGACACCAUCACUCCAGAGCCAGAGAAACAACAGUGUGCCCUGUAAUCAAGUGUCUAGUUCAAGGUUAAAACUCUCAGUGUGUAAUAGCCUUAGUGGAACAGUUAAAUCUUACUCUCCAAAACAUGUAGCUGUCCAAAGCGAUCCCAAUUCAAGUUUUGCAUAUUCUUCCAAAACUUCAGAGGGUGAAAGGAUGGAGGAAAACCAAGAAUUUGAGGAGAAACAAGAACUCAGUAUCACAACACAAAAUGAGGACAAGGAUGUAAAUGCGAAGGUGUUGCAAAGUGUCACUGAGAAUUAUAAUGGAAAGAAAAGAGUUUGCCCUAUCUGUCACAAGCGAUUUGGUGCUCCAUCCAAACUAAAAAGGCAUUGCCUUAUUCACACGGAUCUGAGACCUUUUCAGUGUUCCAUAUGCUGCCGUGGUUUCAAGUAUCUCUAUCAUCUAAAAGCACAUCUCAGAACUCACACUAACCCUGUGAAGCAGAGGACACCAUCACUCCAGAGCCAGAGAAACAACAGUGUGCCCUGUAAUCAAGUGUCUAAUUCAAGCUUAAAACUCUCAAUGUGUGUUGGCUUUAGUGGAACAGUUAGAUCUUACUCUUCAAACCAUUUAACUGCCCAAAGCAAUACCAAUUCAACAGAUAAACAAAAGUCAGCUGCAGUAGACUUAAUCGAUACUAAUUCAGGUACCACGGGUGUUGAAAUUAGCAAAAAUGUUUCAGAAAGUGGUUCAAAAAAUAAAAAAGGACAUUGGUGCCCUGUAUGUUUAAAAUGCUUUAAAGCCCCAUCAAAGCUCAGGCGUCACAUUCUGAUUCAUACAGAUCAAAAGCCUUUCAAAUGCUCUGUGUGCUUUAAAGAUUUCCGUCAAAAACACCACUUGAAAGAUCACAAGUGUAAGGAAGAAUUUAGACCGGAAUGCAACUCUAUUUUGAAUGAUAUGCAGGUAAGAGAGAAAACAGUCCAGCAGAAUUCUAAGGGAGGUGUGGUAACUACCACAGUAGAUGCUUCAAGUGAUAUUCAAGGUAGGUGUUUUAAACCAGGGUUGAGAUCUUCAUCACCAGAUGUAGUCACAACUGCUGAAAAAAGGAUCCCUCCAGUAUCCACGUCUUCUCAUCUCAUGUGUCCACUUCAACUCAAAAAGAAAACUGGAUAUCAGUGUAAAAUAUGCUGGAAGAAAUUCAGUUACCCUUCUAAACUAACUCGACAUCUGUUCAUUCAUUCCGACGUUAAGCCUUACACUUGCACAAUCUGCACAAAGUCAUUCAAGGAGUCCGGUUGUCUCCAAAAACACCUCAAGAUACAUGCAGGAGAAAGAAACAACCCUUCUAGGUUGCAUGGAGUGUCACAGAAACAUGGUACUGAAUGUUCAACACCUGGAGCUUUAGAUGCUACAAAUAACUGCAGACCAGAUGGCGUUAAUGUGUCUUUACCUCAGAUAUUUGACUCUAGAGACACCAAAAAGUAUGAAAUGCUUGAAUGCAAAAGCAAGCUUAACAAAAAUGUCCCCUUGACAGAGUCCAGUACUGUAGAGAUUGAGAGCUCUGACACGUUGAUAAAUACAGAGGCACAGAUCGCAUCCUCUAGCCCAUCGUACCUUAAGCACCAACGUAAAGGUGCGCAUCAGUGCUGCAUCUGUCUGAAGAACUUUCCAUAUCCUUCCAAACUCUGCAGACAUAUUUUGAGCCACACAGAUUUCAGACCAUUUAAGUGCCACAUGUGCUCAAAAUCAUUUAAAGAGCUGUCUUAUUUGCAGUGCCACCAGAAGAUCCACAAAAAAAAGGGCCAGGACAUAACUUCAGGUCAUUUGGAACAAGAACAUGUGGUUUCUUUUGGUAAUACUGCGAUUUGUAAAGACCAGGAUUUUCAAAUCUCCUCACAAGAUGGAGAUGAAGACUUUGCUUCAGCGUACCAAGAUCAAAAUAUGGUCACAGAUAAUAUGCCAUCUCAAACAAUGAAUGGUGACUGCAGUGAUUCAGGUGUGUUUUUCUCAAACGGUACUAGUCUCCUAGAGAAUGUUCAGAUCAAUUCAGAGGUUGUUUUCCAGUGCAACAACAAAUCUGUUUGGGAACUGACACAUAAAACUGACAUCUCGGAGCUCGUUGAGAAAAAGCCAUCUGACAUUGUGCCUUUCGGCACGGUGAGUGACUGUCCACCCAAAACUGACUCAUCUCUCUGUCAUUUUCCUACCGAAUCAAGAACUGUGGAAAAAUGGGCACAUCACAUGGAUGAUAUUGAAGAUUCUGCCUUUGCGGACUUUGGCGUUGUCCCUGAUUCUUACGCACCCCAUUCAAAUGAGUAUCAACAGAAAAAUGAUGUUCCCAAACUCGGAGAAGUUGAUGUGGGGCAUUUGGACUUUCAGGAUCCAGGUAAACGUUUUACCGACCCUCCACCACCCAUUUGUCCUGACUGUCGUCAGUGUUUCCCCACGAUAACAGCAUUAUAUGCACAUAAAUGUGCAUACAGAUACCCUGAAAAGAAAAUAAAGAAAUCCCACCAGUGUGACAUUUGCUUAAAAGUCUUCAAUGCACCAUCCAAACUGAAGAGACACAGUGUUACACACACCGGCCAGAGGCCGUUCCAGUGCACACAGUGUCAGAAGACCUUCACGCUGCCCCAUCAUCUGAAAACACACAUGCUGUCCCACAGGUAGAAGGGUUAUCUCAAGAGUAGCGCAAAAAAAAAAAAAAAAGUAGUGACUGAUUACAUGUAAUCUGGAUUACAUAAUCAGAUUCCAAAAAUUAAGUACUUGUAAUUAGAUUAUAUUACAUUUUAAAAUACUCAGACUACAGUUCAUUUUUCAUUGAUUACAUGAUUACAUGUUAUUCCCACAAUGGCAGUAAAUUAUUCAUAAUUCAUUGAUUCUCCCCACUAUUUUUUUUUUUUUUUUCAGACCUAUUGCUUAUAUAAGUUCAGAAGGUCUUCCAGGUUUGUGAAAUUGCACAGGCAGACCAGCCACUAGUCGUGAAUAUCACUGAAAACUGAGACCCAAACAGCAUUUGAUAACUGGAUUUACAGAAAUCAUUUCACUUUUAAAAAGUGUUUUCUCGACAUAGCAAUAUUGCAUAUCUAAUCAACUCCUGACAAACAAAUUAAUUAUUAUUAUAUAUUAUUAUUAUUAUUAUUAUUAUUAUUAAUUAUCACUCACUGAGUCAUUUAGUCUCUUUGGAAGGCUUUUGUCUCUCAAACACAAAUUCAUGUCAUCUAAUGCAGGGAUUCCCCAACUUUUUUUGUCAGCUGAAUCUCCUGAGAUUUUAAGUGAAGUUAGGCCAAUAAUGUUAUAAAGUUAAACUAACUAAAACAUUUUAUUUAAGUCUUUUUCUUUUGAUUGCUUUUUAUUUUAAAAUGAUUUAUUUUAAAUGUUAAAUUUGUAUGAUUUAAAUUUGUAAUAGGUUUUCAUUAAACUCACAAACCCCCUGCAGUUCCUUUACGAACCCCAGUCUGGGAAACCCUGACUUAAUGUAAUAUUUAAUACAUUUCAUGUUGAUAAAGAAUGGAAUAAAUUUUCUUUCUGUUUGUAUUUUUAUAUCAAUAUGGUACACAAUUAUCCUAUUCAGAACAAUGUGAUAAAUGAGUUUGGUCAAAAGUAAUCUAAAAGUAAUUAAAAAGUAGUUAGAUUACAUUACCUUAAGUGUGUAAUGUUUAAUGGCAUGUUGUUCUUUAUGUUGAUGUUCUUUAUUUCAUUUUACAUCUUGUCAUGAAGCCAUAUAAUUUUGAUAAAGUUGAUGUGUAGAAGUUUGAAUAAGAAAGGAAUUAAAAUAAAACAUUGAAAUUUA